AUGAAAAGCAGAUUUAGUACAGUGGAUAUAGCUGCUAUUGUCAAAGAAUGGAAAAGGUUUAUUGGAAUGAGAGUAGUGAAUGUCUAUGAUGUUGACAACAAAACGUAUUUGAUUCGACUUAACAGACCUGAUGAAAAAGUGGUAUUACUGUUAGAAUCAGGAAUACGACUCCAUAGUACAGACUUUGACUGGCCUAAAAAUCCUGCUCCUUCUGGAUUCUCAAUGAAGCUGCGUAAACAUAUCAAGAAUAGGCGAUUAGAAGCUGUAAAUCAACUAGGUAUGGACAGAAUUGUUGACUUUCAGUUUGGUUCAGAUGAAGCUGCUUACCAUGUGAUAUUAGAACUUUAUGACAGGGGUAACAUAGUGCUGACAGAUUAUGAGUAUACCAUAUUGAACAUACUGCGACCUCGUACAGACCAAAGUCAAGAUGUCCGCCUUGCUGUACACGAGAGUUACCCUGUCACAGUUAAACAGCACAUCAGACCUACACACGACAGACACUUGCGUUAUAUUUUUAGAAUAGAAGAAAUUUUGUCUUCUGGUAAAGAUGGAGAUGUUAUAAAGAAGUUACUUCUGCCUCAUUUAGACUAUGGUCCAGCUAUUAUAGAACAUGUUUUACAAGGAGUAGGCUUCACAGAAAAUGUUAAAAUUGGAAAAGGAUUCAAUUUGGAAGAUGAUUUACGUAAAGUAAUGAUUGCUAUGGAAGAAGCUGAACAGUUAUUGAUACAGUUAUUCACACAGCCUUCUAAGGGUUACAUCACACAAAGGAAAGAUAAAAAACCAAACCCUAAGGGUGGAGAUUCAGAAGAUUUAUUGACAUAUGAAGAGUUUCAUCCUAUAGCUUACCGGCAAAAUGUUAAUAAAGAAACCAUUGAAUUCCCUUCUUUUGACAAGGCUUGUGAUGAAUUUUUCUCUAAGAUUGAAAGUCAGAAGAUAGAUAUGAAAGCUUUACAACAGGAGAGAACAGCUUUAAAGAAACUAGAACAUGUUAAAAAAGACAAUGAAAAGAGAAUUCAAGGCUUACAACAAGAACAGGAAACAGAUGCUAUGAAAGGACAGUUGAUAGAACUAAAUCUUCCACUAGUUGACCAAGCAAUAUUGAUUGUCAGAAAUGCUAUAGCUAAUCAGAUUGACUGGAACGAAAUUUGGAAUCUCAUUAAAGAAGCGCAACUAUCACGUGAUCCUGUUGCCAUGGCAAUCAAAGGAAUCAAACUGGACACCAAUCAUAUUACAAUGUUAUUAAGUGAUCCAUAUUGUGGAAGUGAAGAUGAAGUGUCAGAAUAUAAACCAUUAAAACCUCUUCGUAUAGAUUUAGAUUUAUCAUUGAGUGCUUACGCUAACUCAAGAAAAUAUUUUGAAAAGAAAAAGACAGCCAAGAAAAAAGAACAGAAAACUGCUGAUGCUUCAUCCAAAGCAUUUAAAUCAGCUGAGAAGAAAGCUAUGAAACAGUUGAAGGAAGUAGCUACUGCUGUGUCUAUCAAUAAAACCAGAAAAACUUAUUGGUUUGAGAAGUUUUUAUGGUUCAUCAGUUCAGAGAAUUUUCUAGUUAUUGGUGGACGUGAUUCUCAACAGAAUGAACUGAUUGUUAAACGAUAUUUCAAACCAGGUGAUUUAUAUGUCCACGCAGACCUACAUGGUGCCAGUAGCGUUAUUAUAAAGAAUCAUACUAGUCAACCAAUUCCACCAAAAUCAUUAAACGAAGCCGGUACCAUGGCUAUAUGUAACAGCGCAGCUUGGGAUGCUAAAGUUAUAACUAGUGCUUGGUACGUCCAUCAUGACCAGGUCUCUAAAACAGCCCCUACUGGAGAAUAUCUGACCACUGGUAGCUUUAUGAUCAGAGGUAAAAAGAAUUAUCUUCCACCCUCCUAUCUUAUUUAUGGUUUUGGUAUUCUCUUCAAGCUUGAGGAAGGUAGUGUAGAAAGACAUAAAGGUGAAAGAAAAGUAAGAACAUUAGAAGACGAUGAUUCUGCCUCGAUUGUGGAUUCAGUUGCUGAUAGUGAGGCUGAGGAUAUUGAUAUUAAUUCAGAUGAUAGUGGAAGCGAGGAUGAAGGUGAAGGUCAGGAAAAGGUGAAGGUUGAUGAAGGUGAAGGUCAGGAAAAGGUGAAGGUUGAUGAAGCAAUAGCAGACGUAAAAACUGAAGAGUCAGAUAAAAGGGGGAUAACUGUAAAUGAUGAAAGUUCAAAGGAGACCACUAUAGAAGAAGAAGAGGAUACAUCUAGUGAAGAAGAAGAACCAGAGAGUAGCUUUCCAGAUACGGCCAUUAAUUUACAACAUGUCAAAGGUCAAAAUGUGUCCAGUAAUGUCAGUUCUACUAGCGCCAUCUCUGAACAUGAUGAUACAGUUAUUUACCUUGAUAAAAGUGAAAUUUGUUACAGGGAUAUGAAGAAAGGUAAAACAACAGAGGACUCAGAUGACCAGAAACCAAAACAACAACAACAACAACAGGAUGAAAAUGUUAAACAAAAUAAGAUAAAUAAAGAAGAACCCCAACAGCCACCUAAAAGAGGUCAAAAGAGUAAAUUAAAGAAAAUAAAAGAGAAAUAUGGAGACCAAGAUGAAGAGGAAAGACAACUCCGCAUGGGAAUAUUACAGUCAGACGGCCAUAAGAAAGAACCAAAACGUAAAGGAAAGAAAGCGAAAGAACUUCAACAGAAACAAAAUCAACUGAAACGACUAGGUAAAUCGGACUUACCUAUAAUUGACUCUUCAAUACAGAAAACACAAGAGGUUAGUAUUUAUCAAGUACUGAACUUGUAUUCUCCCUAUGAUGAGAAAGGAGAUGAAGAUGUCCCACAACAACUUGGGGAUUUACAAGUUAUGGAAUCAUUAACAGGCUUACCACUUCCAGAAGAUGAAAUACUUUAUGCUGUUCCAAUGUGUGCUCCAUACAACUGUCUUUCAAAUUAUAAGUACAAAGUGAAAGUUUUGCCUGGUAAUACAAAGAGAGGAAAAGCAACAAAAACAGCUUUAAGUAUGUUUGUUAAUGAUAAAACAGCUUUGUCCAGAGAAAAAGAUUUAAUGAAAAUAUUAAAGGAUGUUGAUAUCUCGCGAAAUCUUCCUGGCAAAGUGAAAUUACAGGCACCAAAUAUUACAAAACGUAGAAAAUAG